AUGACUAAUCACAUAUUCAUCACUGUAAAUUUUCCCGACAAAAUGCAGAAGUCUCUGCAAAUCCAUGUAAUUUCCCUCACUUUCUUUCUUCUUCUUCUCCUUCUUCUUCCACUACUCUCCGAGUCUCAGUUAGCUCCAAGUGAAUCAAAAACUCUAACUGAAAUCCAAAAGCAGCUACAGUAUCCACAGAUUCUUCAGUCAUGGACAAAUACAGCCAACUUCUGCCACAUUCCUUCUUCUCCUUCCUUCAGAAUUAUCUGCUUCAAAGGUCACAUAACAGAAUUAACCAUCGCCGGAAACAGAACCAGUAAGCUCUCCGGAAAAUUUGACAAGCUCUUCACUCUUCUUACAAAACUCACCAGCUUAAACACUUUGUCUCUUGUCUCACUCGGAAUCUCUGGUUCUCUCUCUCCAAAGUUCAUCGCCGAUUUAUCACCGUCUCUUCAAUCUCUCAAUCUCAGCUCCAAUUUCAUCUCCGGGAGAAUCCCAAAAGAGAUCACGUCUUUGAAGAAUCUCAAAAGCCUUGCUUUAUCAGACAAUCUUUUCAACGGUUCUGUCUUUGAUCUCAGAGGAUUGUCGAACCUUCAAGAGCUGGAUUUGGGAGGUAACAAUCUCGGUCCUCAAGUUCCUUCACUCCCAAGUAACCUCAUCAGUGUUUCACUGAAGAGCAACUCCUUUAGAUCCAAGAUUCCAGAACAGAUCAAGAAGCUGAUCAAGCUUCAAAGUUUAGACCUUUCUUCCAACGAAGUCAGUGGGUCAAUUCCAGAGUUUCUGUUCUCUCUUCCUUCUCUUCAAACUCUCACUUUGGCUCAGAACAUGUUAAGCGGAUCGCUUCCAAAUUCCUCUUGCAGCUCCUCAAAGGUCAAAACUUUAGACGUCUCUCACAAUCUUCUAACCGGAAAGCUUCCGUCUUGCUACUCUUCCAAGAGUUUCAGGAAUCAGACAGUGCUCUUCUCAUUCAACUGCUUGUCUUUGAUUGGGACUCCUAACUCAAAGUAUCAGCGUCCGCUAUCUUUCUGUCAAAACCAAGCAAGCAAAGCAAUAGCUGUGGAGCCUGUACCCAAGGCUGAAGUGAAAGAAUCCGCAAGAAUCAAACUCGGUUUGGUGAUUCUGAUAGUCAUCGGUGUGGUCAUCCUUGCAGCAGUUUUGGUUCUGUUGGUUUUGAUUGUCCUGAGAAGAAGAAGAUCAAGAUCAGAAGAAGACACUUUUGAAGUAAACAACAACAAUGAAAGACAUGCCUCUGAUAAAGUCUCAGUUUGCAGCACCACGACCACUAGCACUAAGUCAUUACCAGAUUCAAGACGUGUACCACAGACAAUGAGAUCUGCAGUGAUUGGUUUGCCACCGUACCGGAUCUUCUCCUUGGAGGAUUUAGAAGAAGCGACUAACGACUUUGAUGCAGCAAGUUUGUUCUCUGAACAGUUGUACAGAGGAUGUCUCAGAGAAGGCAUAGCAGUGACAGUGAGAUGUAUCAAGCUGAAGCAUAAGAGUUUGCCACAGAGCUUAGCUCAGCAGAUGGAAGUUUUAUCAAAGCUAAGGCAUAUGCAUUUGGUUAGUGUUCUCGGACAUUGCAUUGCCAGUAACCAAGACCACAAUCAACACGCUGGGCACACCAUCUUCAUUGUCCAAGAGUAUAUCUCAAACGGGUCGUUGAGGGACUUCCUCACAGAUUGUAGGAAGAAAGAGGUGUUGAAAUGGCCUCAGAGAAUGGCGAUAGCCAUAGGAGUCGCUCGAGGGAUACAGUUCCUGCACAUGGGAGUAGCACCGGGAAUCUUUGGGAACAAUUUGGAGAUUGAGAAUAUUAUGCUUGAUGAAACACUCACUGUAAAAAUCAGUGGCUACACUAUUCCUUUACCAUCCAAGGUUGGAGCAGAGAGCCCUCAAGCCAAAAGUCCCCGGAGUAAUGAGGAUGGAGAGAAAGAAGAUGUGUACCAGUUUGGAGUAAUACUACUUCAGAUCAUCACAGGCAAAAUAGUGACUGCAGGUUCUUCAGAGAUGGGAAGUUUGAAGCUUCAGCUGGAGAAUGGUUUGAGAGAUGAACCAACAGUACUGAGCAGCUUGGCAGAUCCAUCUGUUACAGGAUCAUAUGCUUACGAGUCGCUGAGGACGACAGUGCAGUUUGCUAUCAACUGUCUUUGUGAAGAUCAGAGCAAGCGACCAUCGAUUGAAGAUGUUGUGUGGAAUCUCCAGUACACAAUUCAAGUGCAGCAAGGAUGGACAAACAGUGGGAAUCAUGAAGCAUCCAUGAAGGCAAUAUAUGAAUGA